CGAUGGGGAGAGAGAGGGAGCGAGAAAGAUCAGAGGGAGGGAGGGAGAUCAGAGACAGGGAGAGUGAUCAGAGGGAGGGAGUGUGAUCAGACAGAGAGUGAUCAGAGAAAAGAGACAGACCAGGCGGAAAGAGAUCAGAAAGAGAGGGGGCUGAGGGAUGAGUUAGAGUGAGAGAGGAGAGAAAGAGAUCAGAUGGAAAUACCGGAGUUACAUCAAUGAGAGGGAGUGAGAGACCAGUGAGAAAGAAAGGGAGUGAGAGAGAUCAGUGAGAGAGAGGAACGAAUUGAAGAGAAACAGAUAGAAGACCAGAAAAAGACACAGAGGGGAAGGGAUUAUAGAGUUGAGAGGGUAAAGUUCAGAGAAAACGAGAGUAAGGGAUUGAGACAAAGGGAUGGUCUGUGAGAAUUGGGGGAAUUUGUGGAGGACAGAGGAAAUCAGUGGGAGAAAUAUAGUAGGGGGUAACAGUCAGAGACAGAGAGAGAUGGGAAAGCAGGGCUAAGGGAGUGAUCAGAAUUCCCUGGCCCCAGCUGCAUCACUCACAUGCUCCCCUCUCAGCCACCACCUACAGUCUGCUGUAAGAGCUGUAAGGAAAAAGAGAUUAAGAGCGAAGUUCAGAAUGGCUGACUUUAACUUUGAGGAAUUGCUUUUCUUGCUUAAUCAAACCAACCAGUCGCUGGAAAAUUUCCUGAAAUAUAUCGUUCCUGAUGGGGCCGAGGUACGGAGCGAUGGAUUUAAAGUCACUAGGAUCUUGAUCUCCAUUGUCUACUUCAUCGUUUGUGUUUUGGGUCUGGUAGGUAACCUCCUGGUCCUCUGUCUCCUCCAAUACAAGUAUGGGAAGAAAAAAUCCACCAUGACUGUCCUGGUCAUGGGUUUGGCAGUGACUGACUUCCAAUUUGUGCUGACACUGCCUUUCUGGGCAGUGGACACUGCCCUGGACUUCAGCUGGCCUUUCGGCAAUGUCAUGUGUAAGGUGGUCUCUUCAGUGACUGUGAUGAGCAUGUACGCCAGUGUUUUCUUCCUCACUGUCAUGAGCAUCACUAGAUACUGCUCAGUGGCCCAGUCGCUAAAGAUGAAUUCACACUCGUCGGGAUACUCUGACAAGUUCCUCUGCAUCUCCAUUUGGUCAGUAGCCUGUGUUGCGACCCUUCCCCAUGCAAUUUAUUCUACCACUGUUGCAGUAGUAGAUGAAGAGCUGUGCAUUGUCAAGUUUCCAGAUCUUCACAAUGACCCCCAGUUUUGGUUGGGGCUCUAUCAGCUGUCAAAGGUCUUGUUUGGUUUUAUCUUACCUCUGAUCAUCAUCUCCGUGUGCUACAUCCUGUUGCUUCGCUUUGUAACCAGGAAAGAAAUGAGCUGCAACAACCCAAAGAGAACGUCCAAGGUCACCCGGUCUGUCACCAUCGUGGUGCUCUCCUUCUUCAUCUGCUGGCUGCCUAACCAAGCCCUGACUGUUUGGAGUGCCUUUAUCAAGUUGAAUGUGGUCGAGUUUACAGACGCCUUUUACACCACCCAGGCAUACAUCUUCCCCAUCUCCGUCUGCCUCGCUCACAGCAAUAGCUGUCUCAAUCCCAUCCUGUACUGUUUGAUGAGAAGGGAGUUUCGGGCAGCGCUGAGAGAGUUGCUCCUGAAAGUGACCCCUAUCAGGCAGAUCCGACCUCUGAUGUCGAGUCUGGCAUUCAGGAAGAAGAGACAGAUGCCAGUGAUCAUCUCCAUGUAAAGUAAGGCUCAUCUUUGGAUCUGACUGUGCUCCCUGAUCAUUGAUGAAUUAAUUAUGAUCCUUAUACUCUGUCUCAGUUUGCCAAACAUCUUGCUUUCUCAUCCAGUUAUGUAAAUGUGGUUUACUCCGUAUGUGUUACAGCUGUAAGUUAGAGUCUAAUGAUCGGUGUGCCUAGGUUUAGUUCUUAAUAAAAAAGCAUUUAAUGAUUCCAUUUGUAUCUGAAGUACAUUUUAGCUGUAUUAGGAAAAUCGGUCAUGCUUACAACUGGGGUCUAGGCCCGAAACAUCAGCCUUCCUGCUCCUCUGAUGCUGCUGGGCCUGCUGUGUUCAUCCAGCUCCACACUGUGUUAUCUCAUUGUUACAACUGUACAGCUUUUCUCCCCAUUGAGCUUUAGGGUUCCCAUCAUUGCAGAAAAUGGAUAAAUCAUGAUCCAGAAUUUGUGAAACUGUCAGUGUUUGUGAAAUUGACAGCAGUUUUUUGAUUCCUGGAUAUAUGGUUAAACAGAGAAAUUCAGGAGUGAUUUCCUGCUCCUCUGCAGGGUCCACCACAGCUUACCAUAAAUGGAAAUCUUUCAAAAUCACUGAAAUGAUAAGAAUUUCCACUUUUACUUUGGAAGAUGGCAGUUAAAGCCCUGAAAUGAUUUGCCUUACUGAUGAAAUGUAAUUGAGUGUUUAAUGGCAUGCUUAGUCAUAACUAUUCAUGUAUAAUC